AGGAUUUAUUUUUACAAUGCCAAAUACUCUUCGAUACGGAAGUACAUCCGAGUUUUGCUUGACUUUACAUGGAGACAGCCAAUCUCAGAAUGUGACCAUGACAUUGGUUAAGGAUGGCCAGAAUGCUCUAGAAGUUCAUGACACAUUUCCUGUUGGAAAGCAUAAAUGCAAGAAAUUCCAAGUACCCAAGCCUGAUGAAUAUUCACUGCUUCUAGCCAAUGAUGAUGGGGUAAUGCAUGAUGAAGUGGCAGUCUCUGUACUUGGUGACAAACUCCUAACACUUGUCCAAACUGACAAACCAAUCUAUAAGCCAGGUCAAAAAGUGAAAUUUAGAGUUUUGACAUUGAUGAGCAACCUGAAGCCAAGAAUUGGAAAGAUUAAAAGCAUCUUUGUUAUUGACCCAAAUGACAUCCGUGUGAAGCAGUAUUUGAAUGUGGAAACAAAAGGUAUCAGCAGUCUAGAAUUUCAACUUGCAGCAGAAGCCAAACUUGGCAAAUGGAAAAUUGAAAUAUUGGUUGAUGAAGCUGAUGAGCAACACAGGCAAUAUACUUUUGGAGACUUUGAAGUAAUGGAAUAUGUUCUUCCUCGCUUUGAAGUAGAGAUCAUUCCUCCACCAUAUAUUCUGGCUAAUCAAGAGUCAGCGGAAGCUAAAGUUUGUGCCAAGUACACAUAUGGCAAGAAUGUUUCUGGAUUCUUAGAUGUGGAUGUCUGCUGGAGUGCAUUUUAUGGACCUCCUUUGCCUUGUAUCAAGGAAGUAGUUAAGAUUUCUGGGUGCCACAUUUUCUCAUUUGCAAUUGCUGAUGUUGUUAAACGAAGCUACCAUUUUCAUGCCUAUGAGCUGCAGAUCAAAGCGUCUGUGACUGAAGAUGGAACAGGAGCUGUGGUAAAUGCAUCUAAAAAUGGUCCAUCAUGGACCGAUAUUCCUUUGAAAAUGCAACUAGAUGAUUACACCAAUGGAUUUUUCAAGCCAGGGCUGCCCUAUUAUGGACAGGUCACAGUUAUGAAUCUUGAUGGAACACCAGCUGGGGGAGAGUCUAUCACAAUAACAGCAUCAGAUAUGAACAAUAAUUUGAAAUUUUCCAAGACUUUUAUCUCAGACAGAUACGGAAUUGUUGAGUUUUCCCUGUGUCGCAGUUUUACAGAGGAUUCUACAAGCAUUUCAAUAGAAGCAGCAGCAGAAAAAUAUACUUCAGUUGAAGGACUAAAUACCCCAAGGGCAUACAAAGCAAUCAAGCAGUGGUUUUCCCCAUCCCUCAGCUACAUACAGAUACCACGUAUUGAUUUAAGUGGUCAUUGUGGGAAGAGUUUGACCCUCAGCAUCCCGUUCACCACACAGAUCAAUACUAACAUAGAAUUUAAUUACCAGGUGAUGACCCAAGGCAAAGUAAUAUCAACAGGUCAAAUUUCAUACAACCAAUCCACAAGCUACCCUGGCAGAGACCAGAUACUUCCUCCUUCCAACAUUUGUUUACAUGACAAAGAAGCUACACCUGAAUCAACUACUACUUCUGAAAAUUCACCUGCUGGCUCUGAUGAAACAAGCACCCUAACCCAACAAACUGAUGGUGGGAAUGUGGAGUCUGAAGAUACUUCCCCGUCUUCAAAUCGCCAUCCUCGAAGUCUUAUCAAUCCUUUUGAUGGAGAAGCAGAAUUUAAAGAUCCUAUCGUCAGAUCAGACAAUAUAUCCGAUGUGGUGGCUAACUUUUUGCUAGAUUUGCCAGUUAAGCCGAUGAUGUCUCCUAAAUUCACCCUUCUGGUGUACUACAUCAGGCCUGAUGGAGAGGUUGUGGCUGACAGUAUGCAGUUUCAGAUUAACCCAUGCUUUGAGAAUGAGGUAGCAAUGGAAUUUAACAAAACCACAGUGUUACCUGGAGAAAAUAUUGACAUCAACCUGACAGCUUCACCAGGUUCAGUCUGUGCCAUAGGGGUUGUGGACAGGAGUGUGAACAUCUUGGGUGGGAAACACCAGAUAACUGCAGAAAAGGUAUUUAGAAAGAUUGGAGAGCUUAACGCUGACCAGUUUGUCGAAGCUGCCUUUUUAUUUCCAAGAGAUAACUAUUGUGAGCAGCGUGCACGCAAGUUUGGCGUGACUCAAGAAAGCUAUCGAUCCUAUACAUCACCUUUUGUGGAUGCAAUGCAAGCUUUCAAGAGUUCUGGAUUCCUGGUUCUCAGUAACUUAAACUUAGAAACACGACCCUGUACAACUGAAGCUGUUGUCAUGUAUGAUGUUGCUAUGGAACAUGAGUUUAUGAUGCCUGGACCAGAGCUUGUGAAUGCAGUCCCUAUAACAAGUGUCCCUCGUUCACCCCAGACUAGUGUUCGCUCACAUUUCCCUGAAACCUGGCUCUGGGAUCUUCAUAUUGUUGGUGAUUCAGGCGAAACUGUACUGACAGAAACAGCACCCCAUACCAUCACAGAAUGGGUUGGUAAUGCUAUGUGCCUGGAUCAGGAGAAAGGAUUUGGCAUUUCCAAGCUGACCAGUCUUACCACCUUCCAGCCAUUCUUUCUGUCGCUGCACCUGCCAUAUGCUGCUGUUCGAGGGGAAAGACUGCCUAUCAUGUUCACAGUUUACAAUUAUCUGGAGAAAUGCUUACAUAUUCAGCUGACUUUGGAUUUGGAAAAGAACUUCAAAAUUCACAACUACAAACAAAAUCAAGAGCCUGUCUGUGUUUGUGGUGGUAGUUCUCACACUGCUAAAUUCUAUGCUACAGCAAAUGAAAUAGGUAGUCUGCCAGUAUUUGCCAAGGCUGAAAUUAUUCCCGGCUUGUGCGGAAACACAAUAGAUGUUGACACCACAUAUGUAGGACUUUCAGAUGCUGUGAAACGUCAAGUUUUUGUAAAGGCUGAAGGUGUUGAGCAAGAGUACACACAUACUUCAUACAUUUGUUCCAAAGGAGAUGAUUCAAAGCAGGAAAUUGUCAUUCUUCCUUUACCCACUGAAGGAGAAAUAGUGAAAGACUCUGCCAGAGGAGAAGUAAAACUGAUUGGUGACAUCAUGGGCCCAGUACUGAGCAAUCUUAACAACUUGGUGAGAAUGCCUGCAGGCUGUGGUGAACAGAACAUGAUUGGCUUUGUUCCAAACAUAUUAGUUCUAAAGUACCUGGCCAGUAUUGGGAAAAUAACCAAAGACAUUCAAGAAAAUGCUGUAAAAUAUAUGGAAAUUGGUUAUCAAAGGGAACUAACCUACCGUCACAAAGAUGGCUCUUAUAGUGCUUUCGGAGAGAAUGACCCGCGGGGCAGUGUCUGGCUCACAGCCUUUGUUGUCAAAUCCUUUGCUCAAGCCAGACCAUUUAUUUACAUUGAUGAAAAGGAUUUGACCCUGAGCUUGAAAUUCCUGCGGCUCAGCCAACUAGAAACUGGUUGUUUCAGAGAGACAGGGAAAGUGUUCCAGUCUUACAUGAUGGGUGGACUUGGAAGUGACAAGGACAAAGAAUCCAAUACAGCCCUGACAGCUUAUGUACUGAGUGCAUUGUUAAUUGCCAAUGUCAAUACAUCAGAACCUGUGAUUGUUGGUGGAAUGACAUGUAUCAACAGUGAUUUCCAACAGAAGAAGGGAAAGAUGGAUCCCUAUACUCUGUCACUUGUGGCAUAUGCCAACUCACUGCAUCAGCCAAACAGCAGAGUCGGUCAUGAAGUCUUGCGUAUUCUUGAGUCCAAAGCAAAUAGAAAUGGUUCCCUGAAAUACUGGAGCAGAGACACACCCAAGCCUAAGCCUGUGAACACGUGGUUUUAUUAUGCAGCACCUUCUGCAGAAGUAGAAAUGACAUCAUAUGCCUUAAUGGCCUACCUGAACCUGUAUGGGGAAAGAGGAAUUGAACAUUCACACAACAUAGCAAUGUGGUUGUCUCAACAGAGAAACCCUAAUGGUGGCUUCUCAUCAACUCAGGAUACCGUUGUAGGACUACAAGCAUUGUCAGAGUUUGCAAGUUUGGCUUACAACAAGGAUGGUACUGAACUGGAGGUCUCAGUAACUGGGAACCAGAUGACCCAAUCUUUCAGUGUCUCAGAGAAGGAGCACACAACAUUACUGCUGCAGUCAGCUCCUAUCCCUGUCCUACCAAAUAAACUUUCAAUCACUACGAAGGGGGUGGGAUGUGUACUAGUGCAGUCUAGUGUCCACUACAAUAAACAACCUAAAGACCUCCAAGGCGAUGAGAAACCAAGCCUUCACUUGAAAGUCAAGACAAUGAGAUAUGUGCAUAACAUAGACAGAUGUGAUCGAAGAACAAUCUCAUUAUCUGUGGGGAAAAGAGGAAAGCAAGGGCUUGAAGAUGGGAUGAGUCUUGUAACUAUUAAGAUGGUAACCAGCUGGUCUCCUGUGCCGGAAUCUUUGACAAAGUUGAGAAGCCUUUUUCCUCUUCUUGGAAUAAAGAGAAUGGAAUACUCAGAGGAACAAGGAGUUCUCACACUUUAUUUUGAUGAGCUCUCUAGGAAGCCAAAAGAAUUCAGCAUUGAUGUAGAGCAAGACAGAGAUCUAGCUGUAUCAGCUCCUAAACCUGCUGAAGUGAAAAUAUUUCAGUAUUAUGAAACAGAUGUUUCUGCGAUUGAGUCAUAUGAGUUAAAGACCAUCUGUGGCACCAAAGCUGAGAUUCCAAUACUUCCUAAUGUAAAUGAGGAGGACAAUCCACUUCUUCAGAGAAGAAUUGCUAACAAGAUUAAUGAGAAACACAAAUCAAUCUCUCGUGGGAAUCUCAACCAAUUAAUUAUAAAAUUCAUUGACAUAAACAUCCUGUUGGGCCAUUUAUAUAAUGAUGGUUCUAAUGUGUGUCCAAAGUGCGUUCCAAUCAAAUAUGAGCCCAAAAAUCUGAAAGAGCUGGUGUGUAACUCAACUUUCGUGAAGCGAGUCCUGAUGCUUGUUCAUGAUGCAGUGUCAGCCGACAGAAUUCUCAACCUGGACAGCACAUCAUUAGUUCUCAUAGCAGAUAAAAAAAUUGAGAAACAAGUGCGCAAAUUUAGAAAGUCUUGUUCAUAA